GCUUCAGGCCCAUGUUGCUAUGAUUGUGGCGCUACACCCUCGGCUGCGUCGAAGUUUCCAGCUGGGGUGACCGACGCUUGCGCGUUCCACUGGGAGCUCUACCUUUCUGGCUUCACGACCUACGGCAGCUGGCGGGAGUUCAAUGCGAAGAAGGACAAGGACACGGCGAUCCAAGAGGCGUGGACCAGCGCAGAGGAGACCAAGACAAGCGGCGAAAAAAACUGGCUGCCCACGCAGGUCUUGCAGAGCAAGAUCUACAAGUGCACAGUGACGAAGAGCAUGGCAGAGCGCAUAGGCGUCAAGAUGCAGGAUCUCGUGGACGUCAACAACGCCCUGUACAAAGGGUUGCUGAUCCCGAACCCAGCGAGGCCGUUCACGGAGUUCAACUUCACCAAGACAAUCGGCGUCGAGAGGUCUACAGUCGUCAUGGGCAGCGCCGACCAGAUGUACGAGCAGCAUGCGGACGUCGUCUUCGAUUUCGCCAAGGCCGAGAUGCAUAAGGCAAAGGAUGUCAAGGAUGCUGCAGUCAAGAUGAGGGCAACGCCAUGGGACCUCGCAGACCUGGUCAAGAAGUCUUGCGAGUAUCGCGGGGUCGACGUGCACCCCAUGAACUGCAGCCCCAUGGCAGCGGUGCUCAUGGGCCAGUUUGGCAACGUGGACGAGGAUGCCGCCCGCGCCUUUGGCCCACCACCUCGCCGCGAGCCGCGUGAGGACGUUGCCAAUCUUGCCGACGUGGCCGACCACGAGGCUGGUGAGGGGCAGCUCGACGAGGGCGCGGCUGCAGAUGCGGAGGGGGCAGGUAAGACUGCCCGCGCGCCCUACCUCCAUCGCCGUGCGGUCUUGGAUCGCAUGUCGUCGGUUGGCCUGGCUCCUGCUGUGAAGAGGCGCGGCUCUGGUGCUUCCCGAGUUGGUGGGGAUGCUGCGAGCGCCAUCUCUCCGAGCGCGGCAGGCUGCGUCGGCAAAGGCAGCGGGGGCAAGCGGGUGCCCAUGGAGGACGGCUUGUCGAUCACAGAUGCAGCUCGAGAUGACCUCGUGCAGCGGAGGAUCAACGCCUACGACAUCGAUAAGAUCAUGAGGAACGAGAACAUGGGCCGUGAGAGGCUGUGGUGUAGCGACUCCCGAGAUCUCUUCUUGCGCAAGGGCGACGCCAGGGCCGAUGCCCUGUCCAAGCACCUGGACCUCGCGAAGCACGCCGAGAACCUGGUCAGCAGCUCCAUUUCAGAGAUGGGCGCUGGCAUGCUCGAGACCGCUGUGAAGGAGAAGCUUUUGUCUAGCGUCGUGAAGCUGGGCGAGUCUGGGAAGGAGGCCGUGCACACCAUCGCGGACGCGAGCCUAAAGUAUUGCGCCAUGAUCGUGGAUCGGGAGGACUGCGAGGACUUCGACACAACGGUGACCGACCUGGAGCUGUCCGUGAAGGGCCUGAAGGACAAAGGAGACAAUAAGCGCGUGCCAUACAAGGUGUACCAAUCUCUGAUGUUCAUGCCUUACUACGACGGGCUACUGAAGGAGUUCGGCGCGAAACACGAUUUCACCAAGGAGUUUCUUGCCAACCUCCCUGCGCAGGAGGCGGAGCUUCGCAAGGACGCAGCUUCCGCUGGGAGGAGUGGUCUUAUUGCAAGUAUGCUGACGCUGAUGGAGCAAACGAGCACCAAAUGCAGGGCAGGGACAUUCGAGCACCUAGCCGAGCUGUUGACUGAGUCGCUCGAGGGCUUCAUUCGUUCCCUGAGCAUCGCGAACCCGAGCACCGCCGACAAAGAUGCCUACAAGAAGUUGGUGCUGGCAGAACAAUGUCUCAAGCAGGCGUGCACCGUCCUGCCCGCCAAUGUGGAGACCUGGAUGGCGCACCUCAGGACUUGCGAAGUAGCCAUGGCCGCGGUUGGCAAGGCUGACUACGCGAAGAACCUGACCACCGUGCUCGAGCAGUACAGGACCUUGCAGCCGAAGUCGGUGAACAUGGAAGCCGUGGUAGAUGUCGACUGCGCCGUGAAGGAUGCCAGCUCUGCGGGCGUGGAGCUCGACGAGGAGUCCUUGCAGCAGCUCUUGGAGUUCAUUCAGGAUUCGGCCAUCGCCAUCAAAGCGUUGCUGAACGACACGGCUCUACUUCUUCAGAAGGUCGGUGAGAGGCCGCCGUGCCCGGGGAUGAGUGGCUUCAUCAGCCAGAUGGAAGAUAUGAGUGCUAAUAUUCGGGAUGCGUACUUGCAGAGGACGCGUGAUGCCAUGGUGACCGCAACAGACAAGCUCAAUUGCCUCGCGAACCUAGGGCCAACUGAGGGAACUUCUUGGUCUGCCGACGUCCCUGCCGACAAGGGCGACGACUUCGCCACGGUCAGGGAGGUGUUCCUGACAGCGGUUGCCGAGCUCGACGGCAACAGCUUCACUGCAAUGAUCAAGGAUCCAGAGACGUCUCAGAAGCAGGUGGCCGCCGCCCACGAGCUCUUCGGGUGUCCUGCUGAGGCCGCCAUCUUCGAAUCCAGUGACAAUGUGGUGAGAACGAGCUGUGUCACCAGGGCGACGGCAAAGUGCCUCCACGCCUACGAGAUGCACCAGAAGGACGAGAACGAUGCCAAGUUGCGCAGGGAGCUCCGCAAGACGCUGCAGACGAUCACGGAGCACCCGAGGCUGGGCGACAUUUCUUCCGAGAUGCAG